AUGGCUACUGCAAUCACUGGGCAUUUCACUGGGCAGUUGAUGCGUCGCGCUGCAGUUCAAUUGCAAGGUCCUAACCACGAUGAGGAUCAAACUCCUGCCAGUUUGCUCGCCUUGUUCAUCUUGUCAGGUCUGAUUUUCUUAUCAGUCAUAGCCUCUAUUGACUACACCUACGGUGGAGUGGUAGCAACUCUCGCGGCUGUCGAGGACUCGAAUCCGGACAUCUACGUUCGCAUCGACAACAACAACAACAAUGACCAUAACCUCGCCAAGCCAUACGAUCCUCAUGACCCAAAGUAUACUGCAACCCCGACCCCCAAGCCAAUAACCAGCAAGUUGCGUACUACCGUGAAGCACCUACGUAACCGUGCCGGCUUCUUGUCUCGUUUCCGUGGCUUGAGCAUGUACCUGAGCUUGCAUCUGGCCCGUGGAUUCCUCCUGGCCAUCAUUCCCGUUCCAUCCAGCUCUCUAGUUGGUCAGGUCUUCGUGCAGUCAGUUGUUGGUGUUCUUCUAUCUGGAGGUCAAAUUGCAUGGAUUCACAUCGUUAUAACCGAGCCCUCCCGGAAGCGCUUCUACCAACGUAUCCCCAGCUACCGCUCUUGGAUUCGGAUUCUACCCGCUGUCAUUUUGGAGGACUUCUUAGCAGCUGCCGUCUUCUUUCUGCCGAUGGCUAGAGCGAAAACUGCAUGCGCAUUCAACAUCACUCCUCAAAACGACAACAACCUCAGUGAUAUGUACCAGUGCAUGGCAAUCACCACCAUCCCUGUAAUCUUGGCCUUCUUGAUAGCUGUCCCCGCUCGCGUCAUCUUCAUCCGCGUUGCAGCCUCUAUGCUGCCCGAAGACCAGGAAACCAUCGUUCCAUUUGAUCGCUCUUUCGGAGGUAAAGUCCGUCCCGAGCUUCUCGGCGGCAAUGGAACGGUUGGCUUGCUAGAUGCAUGGAAGACAUUUGACUGGGCUGGUCGAGUUCGCUUUUUCAAGGUUUUGCUCAAGACCAUAGCGAUGGAUAUGGCAGUGAUUGUGCUCGCUGGUAUCGUUUUAGGUGGGCAGAUUCUCUACAUGAUGCCUAAGAGUAAUCCCGUUGAGUACUAA